AUGAUUCUUUCACGCUAUUCCAUAUGGCCUUGUCAAAGUGUGGCUGCGAAAUGCUCAAUUCUUGGUGUGAGAAAAAUUUAUUCAUCAGGUAUCAUAUUGCAACUUAAAAAGACGUCAAUUGACUUCGAAAAGAAGCGGAAGUAUGAAUUAAUAAAAACACAAAGACUGAAUGAAAUUAAACAAUCAUUGCCACAGGACAGAGUGUAUGAUGAUGCUAAUAGAAUAACUAGAUAUGUGAAAAUAGGACUUUUUACAAUAAUAAUAUUUUUUGGAAGCGCCACGUUAUAUGCGGGAAUUUUCCGAAGGAAUGAUGUGAAGACAUGGUUAUAUGAGAGAAGAGGAGUUAAAACCUCGAAGAAGGAAGAGGGUGUUAUACCAGCAGAAUAUUUUGAGAAGGAAGAGGAACGUUUGAACAGGAAGAAUGCGAAGGUGGACAACCCAAAUGAUUCAUCAGAGCCUGGAGUGUACAUCUGUGGGAAUAAUGGAAGUAGUCUUGUUUGUGACAAUGGACGACGAAAAUUCCAAACGGUGAUGAAGAGAUUAAAGAUAUUUGAUCACAAAUAUGCUAGGUAUGUUGCUCUUGGUUCCAAAUCGGGCGUUCUUAUUGACGAUAAAGGUGACCUUUUUCAAUGGGGUGAUGGUUUCGGCGGAGAUUCCGCAAAGGCCUCUUUAAAAGGUCAGAAUUUAGUGAAAGCAUGUAUUAGUCACGGUGCAAUAUAUGCAUUGAGUAAGAAUGGCCAAGUGAUCUACAUGCCCGAGUCAAUAGAGGGUCAAAGCCAUUUCAGACGAACCAAAAAAGGGUGGUUUGGAAAUUCAGAGGUUAAAUUUUGCAAAUUGAAUACUACAGGACAGAUAAAAGACAUUGCAGCAGGAAAGUAUCAUUUAGUUCUUCUUUCGAAUGACGGUAAGGUAUAUACUUCUGCAACUGGUUGUGGUGAACAAAUUCCUUCUUCAUGGGGUCAAUUUGGAUUACCAAACUUGUCACAAUUCGAUGCACCACCUGAGAAUAACAAAAUAUAUGAAGUCACCCUUUUGAAUAAAUACAUUGAUGGGAAACACGUCAAAAGCAGAAAAAUAACAAAAAUUGCUGCAGGCGACUACUUUACAAUGUGUCUAGAUUCCACUGGUAGGGUUUGGGAAUUCGGUAAAAACACUUACGGUUCUAUUGGUACUCAAAUGGACUAUAACGCCGAAGUAAUUUCGUUUCCUUCGCCAGUUAAACUUAUCUCCGACUAUUUUAGGAGGGAUGAACUUCCAAAAUGCGUAGACAUUGCGGCUGGGGGUCAGACUGCAUUUGCAACAUGUACUUCAUCAAACAUAUUUGAUCUUUUUGAAAACUCUUUGGAGAAAGGAGGAAAUUUCAAUAUGGACGAAAUCUUGGGCAACAGCACUGAUAAAUUACUUCAUCUUUCAUGGGGAUAUGGACUGAAAGGUGAACUUGGUACAGGUAGAUAUGUUCAUGGCCAAUUUGAACCUAGUAAAAUAAAGGUCUUAAACAAUAUACAGCAGUAUAACGAAGAUAAGCAAGAGAUAGAGAACAUAGGGGUAAAAAAUUGGUCUGUUGGAGGAAAUCACGUGGUUGCAAUGUUGAAUAACAUGGAUGUCUAUGUUUGGGGAGAUAAUGAAUAUGGACAGCUUGGAAAUGGAAAGAAGUCAAGGUCAGCCGUACCAAUUGCGCCGCCAUCUUUACUUGAGCCUGGUAACCACGUUAAAAAGGCACUGUCCAAAACAGAGCAGGCAAAUAAUCGGUUGCAACUGAAAAAGACUAACCGAUAUGAGCAAGUUAUAACUGCUGGUCCGGACACGACUGCAAUAUAUUACAAAAAGCUAACAUAA